AUGGACCAACAACCACCUACAGGAGUCCCCGGCCCGACCGGCAGAAGAUUCCAUGUUGCGCACAGGAGGAGUCCAUCAGAGAUGACCCCUAUGAUUAUGGAGCAACUUGCCUUACAGCAGCAGAUCGAACAGCUACAGCAGCAACAGCAGCAUAUCGCCGGAAUACACCAGCAAUAUGUGAAUAUGGGGAUGCUCCCCCCUCAACAACAGCCACAAGUCCCAAACGUCAACUUUCCACAGCAGGCGGGCAUGCAAGGACAGAUGGCUGGAUUGCAACCACAGGGAAAUGCUUUUCAAUUCCCACAACAAAUGCAAGGCCAACAAUUAAACGUUCCCAUGAACCCUCAGAUGCAGACCCAUCGUCGAAAUCAAUCUGCAGUCCCAAAUAUGAAUAUGGGUCCUCCUCCAGCACCCUCGGCAGGUACAGCAUUUGGCGAUUUUGGGCAGCAAGGUAUGGGCCGUGACAUGUCCUCUCAGCGCGGCGGAAGAGGAGGAGGUCCGCCUGCGGGCCCCGGUCAUGCACGUCGCCAUUCUUUGGCAUUGCCAGAAGCCAAGAAAGCCGCCGAAAUAGCGCAACAGAAGAGAAAUUCCUCAGGAUUCCAAUUUCCCGUUCCAGGAGCAUCAGGUGCUUCGCCUACAACUGCCGAGAGAUCCUUGAGCCCUACUAGUGCUGAAAAUUCAUCCAGUGGAACACUCCAGCCGCCUACGGAACCAGGCGGUAUGGCAAGAGCUGGAAAUAGAGGAGGCCCAACGCAUGGUAGGAGUCAGAGCAUGGCCGUCGGUAACGGCAGAGGAAAUGCGCCGAACAGAGCUGGAGGCUUCCAGUUUCCAUCAAACGAUUCCAGUGCGAGCAAUGAUUUUUCUAGAAAAACAAGCCAGAACGGGCAUGCUCGAAACUCGUCGAGGAAUUUCGACGGCAACUGGAGGCAGCAGGGAAACCAGGCACAGAUGCAGGAGCAACAGCCUCCAAUGGGCAGCUUUCAAGCCCAGAAUCCGAAUGCCGCUGUUUUCCAACCAGGUCAUAGACCUAGAGGAUCCAUGAAUCAAUCGAUUGGGUCCAUGGGACAAUUCCAGUUUCCCAACCAAUCUCAGUUCGUUCAGCUGCCCCAAGGCCAGGUCAUGCUCCAGCAGCCGCAAAUGAUGGGUGGCCAGCAGCUCAACCCCAUGCAAAUGCAACAGAUCCAGGCGUUGCAAGGCGUACCACUGGGCGCUCAACAUCUUAAUAUGCAAGGAGCCCAGAUCAACCAGCAACAAAUGUCGGCGCAGCAGCAGCAACGGAAAACCCUGUUCACACCCUAUCUCCCUCACGCGAACUUACCCGCCUUGCUCAAUAACGCUCAAUUAGUCCAAGGCAUCUUGAGGGUCAAUAAGAAAAAUCGCAGCGACGCGUAUGUUACAACGGAUGAUUUAGAUGCGGACAUUUUCAUUUGUGGUAGCAAAGAUCGAAACAGAGCUUUGGAAGGUGACCUAGUAGCUAUUGAACUUCUUGACGUGGAUGAAGUUUGGUCACAAAAGCGCGAGAAGGAAGAGAAGAAAAAGCGUAAAGAUAUAUCAGAUGCACGCAGUGGUAGUGGACAAGGUGGCCCUGAAGGACGCGCUCGAAGUAAUUCUGCGGCGAAUGACGCAGGUCAAGAAGGAGGCAACGAAGGUGGGCUUCGCAGACGUGGAAGUUUGAGACAGCGACCUACUCAAAAGAAGAACGACGACGUCGAAGUUGAAGGACAAAGUCUACUUCUCAUGGAGGAAGAGGAAGUCAACGAUGAACAAAAGCCUCUCUACGCCGGCCACGUUGUGGCAGUCAUCGAGCGUGUUUCUGGCCAAAUGUUCUCUGGGACCCUCGGUUUGCUUCGCCCAAGCUCUCAAGCCACCAAAGAAAAGCAAGAAGCUGAACGGCAGACUCGCGAGGGUGGUCCCGGUCGUCACCAACAAGAUCGACAACAGGACAAACCAAAGAUUGUUUGGUUCAAACCUACCGACAAGCGCGUGCCUCUGAUCGCCAUUCCAACCGAACAAGCACCAAAGGACUUUGUUGAGAAGCACCAAGGUUUUGCAAAUCGCAUUUUCGUUGCAAGCAUCAAGAGAUGGCCUAUCACGUCUCUUCAUCCCUUUGGCACCCUUGUGGACCAUCUUGGUCGUAUGGGCGACCUCACAGUCGAAACGGAUGCUCUAUUGAGGGACAACAACUUUGGCUCCGAAGAGUUUUCGGAGCCUGUUUUGAAAAACAUCGGAUUCGAUGACUGGUCUGUUUCUACAGAAUCCGAAGAAGCUUUGUCGCUUCGCAAGGAUCUCCGUGAAGAAACAACCUUCACCAUCGACCCACUAGGCUCACUGGAGCUCGAUGACGCUUUGCAUGUCAAGGAACUCCCUAAUGGACUGGUGGAGAUUGGAGUUCAUGUUGCAGACGCAGCCCACUUCAUCAAACAUAACUCGCUUGUCGAUCGAGAAGCAAAGAAACGCGGAAGUGGUGUCUACCUCGUGAACCGUACUGUGAGCAUGCUUCCGCCUAAGCUUGCUGAUGAAGUCUGCUCCUUAAGUCCCGGCGAGGAAAGAUUCACCAUGUCUGUCAUCUUCACAGUUGAUUCGAAGAAUGGCGAGAUUCAAGAGGAUGAUACAUGGAUUGGCAAGGCGAUCAUAAAGAGUGUUGGCAAGCUAUCUUAUGACGACGUCGAUGCUGUGAUACAGGGUCAAGAGGAUACGAUUGCACAAAAGCUCCGAGAAGUCCGGUAUGGUAAUCGCUCGCAAGCUGUGCCUCCGCUCCGCCUUAUUCAACAGCUGGAUGAUGAGAACGUGCCCGUGGAGAUGAACAUUUUCGAUUCGACCCCUGCGCAUGAGAUCCUGGAAGAAAUAGGACACCAAGCUAAUAUCAUUGUUGCCAAGAAGAUUCACGUCGCAUUACCAGAGAAGGCAUUGCUUCGAAGUCAGUCACCACCAAACGCACGGCGCCUGCAGACCUUUGCACAGAGGAUGACUAGACUUGGCUACGAGAUUGAUACGACGACCAGUGGUACUCUUUUGAACAGUUUGUUCAACGUGAAGGAUGCAGACUUGCGAAAGGGUAUGGAAACAUUGCUGAUCAAAGCUAUGCGCCGUGCCAAAUACAUCGUCGCUGGUGCAGUCAACUCAGAGCAAUACAAGCACUACGCGUUGAAUCUUCCGAUCUACACACAUUUUACCAACCCCACGAGACGAUAUGCUGAUAUCGUCGUGCAUCGUCAGCUCGAAGUUGCUUUGUCAAAUGGCUCUACAGAGUUCCAGGAAGACGUGGAUACUCUGAAGAAGACUACAGAAUCUUGCAACAACAAGAAAGACUCUGCCCAGUCUGCCCAAGAGCAAAGCGUGCACAUUGAUUCCUGCCGCAUCUUAGACAAGAAGAGGGUGGAGCUUGGUGGUGACUUCAUCAGCGAGGGAAUUGUGCUCUGCGUCUACGAGUCCGCUUUCGAUAUCCUCAUCCCGGAGUAUGGCUUCGAGAAGCGCGUCCAUUGCGAUCAGCUUCCACUGAAGAAAGCCGAGUUCCGUAAGGAAGAACGCGUUCUCGAGCUAUACUGGGAGAAGGGAGUGCCGUCGUCAGCCUACGUGCCUGAGGAUGAGCGCCCCCAAACAAAAGCAAGCACGCGUCGCCAUCACCGCACUGAUGACCAUGCAGCCAAGGUGGCCAAUGAAAAGGCAAACGCUGAGGCCAGGAGGAAACAAUUGGAGACUGGCUCGGUGCCCACCGACGAUGCAGAUGCGCUGUUCGAUGAUGACGACAAUAUCUCUGAAAUUACUGAGUCAACUGCCGGUGUUUCUCUUGGGUUGGCUCCGUCAGAUCGUCCCACCCAAAGCCUCCCGCCGUCACCAGCACCUGACGCGGAUGGAAACGGGCAGAACCCUCUCCGGGCUCGCUCUGAUCCUAAGCUUGCUUCCAACCCCAAUGACACUCCAGAGGCUAAGUUGUCGAACAAAGAGAAGUAUCUGAGUCUGUUCAAGCUCAGAGAAGAAGGUGGGGAGAACAUCCAGGAUGUGACUGAGAUGACGCGUGUGCCCGUCAUCUUGAAGACAGACCUCACCAAGAGUCCGCCAUGCCUAACCAUCCGGGCAUUGAACCCAUAUGCUCUUUGA